CAUCACACACAAACCACAACCAUGCUCAGGACGCUCUCGAGUCGCCUGGUCGGCGCUGCACAACGCACUAACACCGUUGUCGCUACCUCUUCCUUCAGACUCAUCUCUACUACUUCUGUUGCGUCGCAAGCUACACCAACAUCAUCUACAGCAUCACCAGUAGCAGGAGCAGUGCCUUCAACAUCCUCUAGCACACCAUCCAACUCAUCAUCAUCGUCACCCGUCAACUUGCUCCGUGAUCAACUUCGUUAUUAUGCCGUUGCCGAGAUCAAGAACCGCCCUUAUUUGAUCACCAAAAACGAUAUCAUUGUCCUCGAUCGACUCAAGGAUGUGCAGCUGGGCGAUGUUAUUGAACUUAACCAGAUCAAGGAAUUGGGCUCAAAGGACUAUGCCAUCCAAGGAAAGCCUUAUAUCUCACCCGAGUACUACUCCAUCAAGGCUACCGUCAUUGAGCAGCCCAAAGGGAAGAUCGUCGAGACCUUCAAGAAGAAGAGGAGAAAGCACUUCCAGAGACGUUACCAUAUCAAGCCCCUGCACACCCUUUUGCGCGUCAGUGAGCUCGAGGUUAAGGCACAAUAAAGUGCUCGGUAAUAUGGGCAAUUUACCGAUAAGGAUCAGGAUCAGGAUCGGAAUUGGUAUCGGGAUCUGUGUUGGGACCAGGAUCAGGAUUGAGCCUUAAACACUCCGAGUUCAAUCGCAACAGAGAAUGUAGAAUAAUAAAUGAAAUCAAGCACUUGUGCGGUCAAAGAUAGCAA